GGGGGGCUUGUGGGUACUCCUGUGGAGACUGAAGAGUGCACCAGAAGCUCAUUGAAGCUCUGAUUUUGAGGCAUAUAAGAGAGAGAGAGAGAGAGAGAGAGAGAGAGAGAGGGGGGGAGAGGAGUGUUGUGCAAGCAUCACACAUUCAUAGAAAGAGGCCUGGCCUCCUCCUCAUCAAAUUCACACAUUUCAGCGUUGCAUUGAGGGGUCUCUCUCUUCUGUGUGAGAGAAAGCACUGGAGAAAACAGCAGCAGGGUCGCUUUGAAGUUUCCAGAAAGGGAGAAAGACAGAGAGAGAGAGAGAAGAAAGACACCCAAGUGAGUUCAUUUGAUUCUCCAUCCCCCCGACCCUUUUCUUCUCUUUUGAGCCGAUUCCGUGGCUGGGCUUACUGACUCCGCUUUCUCUGACUCUUCUGAUGCAAAUUUUUGAGCUUUUGCUUUGUCUCGUCUUUCUGGGUCUGUUCGCUAUUGUGGGUUUAAAGGGAAUAAAAUCACACCACGCACCGUGUUUCUCUCGAACUUCACAAACACUGUUUACUCGUCUCAUCGGAGGUGCCAUUCACGUCUUCUCCGGGGGGUUGUGUGAGCUGCUUGCUUCUGUUUAUUGGAAGGAAGCUUUUGAGAUCUUGACACAAUGCUGAUGAAGAGGACUAGUUCAGUGCAGAAAGAAGUGGGUCAAACGACAAAAUCGGAUUCUGAUUUGUACUCCGAUCUUAAAAGGCAGAAUUGUAGGAGCAAUUCCCUUUUCAGCAUCCCUGGUCUUUAUGUGGGUUUGAAUCCGAAGGGCUUAGCCGAUGCUGAUUCGGUUAGAAGCCCUACAUCUCCUCUUGAUUUUUUGCUGUUCCCACAUCUGAGUAACCCCAUGAGGUCCCCUCGAUCGCCUUGUGUCGGGCAGCGAAAGAGUUGGGAUUGUAGCAAAGUAGGCUUAAGCAUUAUAGAUUCUCUCGAUGACAAUGGAAACUUAUCAGGCCGGGCUCUCCAGUCAUUUCAUACUGGAAACAUACUUUUUGGACCUAAGAUCGGGGUCAAGAAUCAUAAAUAUGAUUCCACUAUCAGUUCCAUUGAAUCGCCGAAAUCCCUGCCUAAAGAUUACACAUUCUCUCGUUAUGCCCGUGCCAAAUCUCCACUCCACUUGAGCAGCAGCAUCAAUGUUGUUUUUGAAAUUGCAGAUGGCCCUAUAGAACCUGACCCUAUGGGCAAAAUCCGGUCUAGCUCACUGGAUUCUUGCACAAUAAUGAGUUAUCGUCCUCGAGUGAUUAGAGAAAGUCCUAAAUUGAGUAAGGUUUCGUGUACUAGUCUGACUUCAAUCCCUCUGUCUGUUGAACCUGGCAGUGGGUUUGCUGAUUCUCUUUCAGCGAGUGAGAUAGAACUCUCUGAGGAUUAUACUUGCGUGAUUUCACAUGGUCCUGAUUCUAAAACCACUCACAUUUAUGGUGACUGCAUUUUAGAAUGUCACCCGAAUGAGUUGAGCAAUUUUGGCAAGGAGAUAGAGGAAGACACUGGGUUACCUCUAACGAAAAGCUCAGAAACUCCUUUGUAUAUUUGUGAUGACUUCUUGAGCCUCUGUUACACGUGCAAGAAGCCAUUGCCAGAGGGUGAAGAUAUCUACAUUUAUAGAGGCGAGAAAGCAUUCUGUAGCGUGGAAUGUCGUUCAAAGGAGAUUUUGUCUGAUGAGGUUGAAGAAGCUGUGGAUGAUUAUGAUAAGUCGCCAAAGUCCAAAAGCGGAGAUGGGCUUUUUCAAAGUGGCUCUUUUCUCCCUUCGUAUUAACCAUUCAUGUAGUCCCUGUGGCCACCAUGCCCAUGAUUGCCGGAACAAUCACUGAGGUAGAUGCCCCAGAUCGUCCGUCUACAAAAGAGCUGUUUUUGUGUGCAUCAGUUAGCAGCCAUGGAUGAUCAAUUUUGUACAUUUCUCUCUUCACCGAAAGGGAUUCAGCUUUGAUGGUCUUGGUGGUGGCAAUUAUCUGCUGCAGCUUUUUUUGGCUUUUUGGAAGAGACAUGACCGUAUUAUAUGCUAUGAUAACUCAUAUUAUAUCACAUAAUUGUUUUGCAUGUGAAAUGGGUGUUAGCUGAUUUUUAUGGCUCCCCAUCUAUAUCCCCCACAUUUUUCUUCCGGGGUAAACUUUUCCUGUAAUAGCAGCCGACUAAAGUGCUUUUCAAUUAUAGUAUCGAGUUGCUGUUGUAA